AUGUAUCAUAUUUUCCGAAUAAAUAAGUUACGUAGAUAUAAGAAAUUAAUAUAUUUAAUAAGUGAUGUCAAAGAAAUACAUAAUAUAGGUUUAAAUGAUAUUCCUAAAGUUGAAGUAGCCGAUAUUCGAAAGUUAUUAAGGCAAAAAGGAUUUGCAGUUCAGGAUGGAUUUACUUCGAUUACUACCAAAUGUAUAAUAUGUUCACAAGAAAAAAUUGAGUCUAAGAAAAAUGAAUCCAAGCUCUACGUCAAUAAAACAACAGGUUACUUUUUAUGUCCAAAAUGCAAUAAUCACGGUCAUUGGAGCCUUCUGGAGCGCCUCGUAAAAAAGUCAAAAAUUGAAGGGUCUGUAAAAGAUCACAUAGAAACUACGCAACAGAAACUGGAGGCUUUUAAUAAAGACUGGCAAACUAUUUGCAAUGAAACUACCUCAUUAAUAGAUUUAAAUGAAGCAGAUACAAUAAAUUUAUUCCGUUUAUUUGAAUUUCCUCACCAUCCAGAUGCCACAAAAGUAUUAUCUGAUGUAAGAGUGACUUCGGAUCACACAAUAUUAUAUUUCCCAUUAAAAAACUCACUUGAAAAUAUUGUCGGCUAUCGGAAAAUACAGGCUGGGAGGGAAGAUGAGAUUGAAAAUGUAGGUUUACAUAUGGCUGGUCUAUUUCAUUGUAGAGCACCGAAACUAACUCGGACAGAUCAGGCAAUACUUGUACCGACUGUACAAGAUGUUUUACAUUUGUCUGCAAGUAAAGUACCAGGUACCCUAAUCUGGCUCACUAACUGUAGCUUGCCGCCAGUAUUACUGCCUUGUCUUGAACAUUAUCAAAAGCUAUGUCUGUGGGGUGAUUGGGAGAACAUGAGAUCGGUUGCUGAAAAGCUCGGAGAGGAAAGGUGUCGUUUUGUAAGACCAACAGAUGGUUUAGUAACGGCAACUGAAGCAGCUAAAGCAAAUUUAUCUUUAAAGACAUUAGUAUCAGAAGCUAAGCCAGCGACACAUAGAUCCAUCACCACCUUUGCUUCUCUUAGAGAUGAUGUGUAUGCAGAGCUUACCAACAUUGAAAAGGUUCGUGGUGUUAAAUGGCGUCGAUUCCCCGCUUUAACUAAGUUGUUAGGUGGUCAUCGUCGUGGGGAGUUGACCGUCUUAACUGGACCCACCGGCUGUGGAAAGACCACACUUUGUGCUGAAAUGUCCCUCGAUCUGGCAUUACAGGGGGUGACAACCCUAUGGGGUAGUUUCGAGAUCCGCAACUCUCGUCUCGCCCGCACAAUGCUCCAACAGUUCGCUGGACUACCUCUAGAACAGAACCUCCAGGACUUCCCGAAGUUUGCGGAUGAUUUCCAGAAACUUCCGAUUUUCUAUCUCGCGUUCCACGGACAACAGUCCAUUAAAGUUGUGAUGGAAGCGGUGGAGCACGCUCGUUAUAUGCACGACAUAUGUCACGUGGUGAUCGACAACGUACAGUUCAUGUUGGGGCUCGGAGACGAGGAUCGUUACUUGAGACAAGACGCCGUCAUCGCUGCCUUCAGAACUUUCGCCACUGCAAGGCACUGCCACGUCACACUGGUGAUGCAUCCGAGGAAGGAAAGAGAUUCAGAAGAUCUAUCAACGAGCUCAAUAUUUGGCAGUGCCAAAGCAUCCCAGGAGGCUGAUAAUGUUUUAAUAAUACAGGAUAAAAGAUUGACGGCGGUACGUGGGAAGAAAUAUCUGCAAGUGGCAAAAAAUCGAUACAGCGGUGACCUUGGGAUCGUUCCACUCGACUUUGAUAAGGACGCGCUCAGUUAUCAAGCUAAGAAAAAGUCGAAGAAAGACGACACAGAAAAAUUACUAGACCAGUGUAUAGAGGAAUUCACAUUGGAUAAAACAGAAAUGAAAUUGAGGAAUAAUGCAAAUAAAUCAAAUAAAAACCAAAAAAACAAAGGCCAAGAUAAGGACGCUGAUAGCUUUUUAAGUGAUAUACUUAACUUGAACAGAACUAGGUGA